AUGGCUGUCACAACAUUCCAGGGGUAUGAAAAUUUCCGUCUGAGACUAGUUCUUUCCACGCUUAGCGGAAAGCCCAUCAAGAUCGAAAAAGUCAGGGCUGAUGACCUUAAUCCUGGUCUUAAGGAUUAUGAGAUCUCGUUUUUAAGAUUGUUAGAAAGUGUUACCAAUGGCUCCGUUAUUGAGAUUUCUUACACAGGUACCACAGUAAUUUAUAGACCAGGAUUAAUCAUAGGAGGAUCUUUCACACACAAUUGCCCCACAUCAAAGGCUUGCGGAUAUUUCUUGGAACCCAUGCUCUAUUUGGCACCUUUCUCAAAGAAGAAAUUCUCUAUAGUGUUUAACGGAUUAACUUCAUCGAAGGCAGAUCCAGGUUUGGAUUUUAUCCGUUGGGGGUUGCUUCCUGUUAUGGAAAAGUUCGGUGUUCGAGAGGUUGAAUUGCAUACUUUGAAGCGCGGCUGCCCACCUAAUGGAGGUGGUGAAGUGCAUUUACUUGUCAAUAGUCUAAUUCCUCAACCUAUUACUAUCCAUAUUCUUGAUAUUCAAAAAAUUUCUGCUAUCAGAGGAAUAGCGUACUGUGCUAGAGUGUCUCCUUCUGUUGCUAACCGACUUGUCGAUGCUUCUAGAAAUGUUCUCCGACCUGCUGGUUGCGAGGUUAACAUCACUACCGACGUCUGGCGUGGUGAAAAUGCCGGUAAAUCGCCUGGAUUCGGUCUAACCUUGUUUUCUGAGUCGAAAAAGACUCAACUAAGAUAUGCUGUCGAUGAUAUGGGAGGACCAGGAGAAACUCCGGAGGACCUUGGUGAAAGAGUGGCUUACAAUCUUCUAGAAUUGGUGCAGAAGAGCGGUUGUCUUGGUAGAAACCAACUCGCUUUGGCCUUUACCUUUAUGGUGAUCGGAAAAGAGGACAUUGGACGAAUCAUUGUUAAUAAGCAGCAGAUCGAUGCCAAGUUGAUUGGACUUCUUAGAGACAUCAAAGAGUUGUUUGGUACAGAGUUCUUCUUUAAAGACUGCGAAGAUUACGACAAUUGUCUCUAUGCUACUGCCAAAGGUGUAGGCUUCACGAAUGCCUCUAAAAAGAUCGCUUAA